GGGUGGAGAAAUCACCUGUUCUGAGAGGAGCAUGCUCACUGAAGAGGGAGGGAGAGGAGGAGGUGGAGGAGAAAGGGAGGGAGGGGACGGAAUCAGCCUGGCACAGCUCAGAUCUGUUUCUUCUCUAGCUUAGGAAGCAGGAGCUGCAGCAGCCAGGAGGAAUCUCUAGCAAACGUUGUUUGAUACCGGCCAACAUGGAGGAACCAAUAGCGGUAGUUACCUGCGAACUGGACUAAUCCACUGGCUUCCGCUCCCAGCCAUCCAGCUGUGUACUAGAAGAAGGGAGGGAACCCUGAUCCUUCACCCGUGGAGUCACAUCUGUCUGUCUACACGCCCGACAGCAGGAGUAGGGGGUUAUUUUCCCCUUCUGGCUGCCGGCAUCUAGGCUAAGAGGCACAGGAGGGUGGGGAGCUCGCCUCUGUGGAGCCUCCCUGAGCCAUGGGCAACGAAGCGAGCUUGGAAGGGGAAGGUCUCCCUGAAGGGCUGACAGCUGCUGCGGCGGCGGCGGCAGCAGCCGGAGGAGCGGACGGCGGGGCGGGGAGCACCUUACACACCAUGAUCCCGGCCGGCAUGGAGGCGGAUCUGAGCCAGCUGAGCGAGGAGGAGAGGAGACAGAUCGCUGCUGUCAUGUCAAGGGCGCAGGGGCUGCCCAAAGGAAACGUAUCCCCCGCCGCAGCGGAACCACCUUCUAUGCAAAGGAAACCAGAGUUUGAUACCAGUCAUCAUCCAAAGCAACCAGGGAAACCUCCAGAUCCUGGGCGUCCUGGACAACCCACUCUCAGUAAAAGUAGAACAACAGACACUUUGAGAACUGAACAGAAAUCCCCUGGAAGGAGCCCUUCUACUACUAGCUUGAGAGAAUCAAAAUCUCGAACGGAUUUUAAAGAAGAACAAAAGUCAAGCAUCAUGCCUAGCUUUCUCACAGAUUCCAACCCAUUAAGUGCUGUCUCAUCUGUUGUAAAUAAAUUUAACCCAUUUGAUUUGAUAUCAGACUCUGAUGUAGCCCAGGAAGAAACUGCUAGGAAACAGAAAGUUACUCAGAAGGAACAGGGGAAACCUGAAGGAAUCACAAAGCCCGCCUCUCAACAGCAGUCCCCUAAACCAGGUACAAAGCCGCAAGGGCCUCCCAAAGUUACAUCUCAGCAAGUUGGUACUACCAAAUCAAUACCUCCUCAACAACCUGGAAAAACUAAGCCUCAGUCUCUUGGGACAGGAAAGCCAACUCAAGCUUUAGGGCCUACAGAAGAAGACACUUCACGAUCAGAACAGGCAAAACCACCACUUCAACAACGAGGUCCGACCAAAUCUCAGCCAGACCCUGCAAAAUCAGAUCCUGCUAAAACAGUAUCACAAGGCCUGUCUAAAAUAUAUUCCCAGCAACCAGGGCCUACAAAACCACCUGCCCAACAGCUAGACCCCACAAAACCACCUGCUCAGCAGUCAGGCCCUACAAAACCACCCACUCAGCAGCCCGGGCCAACAAAACCUCCCACUCAGCAGCCUGGGCCAACAAAACCUCCCACUCAGCAGCCUGGGCCAACAAAACUUCCCACUCAGCAGCCAGUGCCCACAAAACUACCCACUCAGCAGACUGGGGCUUCAAAGACCCUCACCCAGCAGCCAGGGACCACAAAACCAUCUACCCAGCAGCCUGGCCCUUCAAAGACCCCCACCCAGCAGCCAGGGACCAUGAAAACUCCUGCUCAACAGUCAGGACCCACAAAACCCCCCUCCCAACAGCCAGGACCAACAAAAUCCCUUGGUCAGCAGACUACAAAACCAUCAAGCCAACAAGCAGAGCCUGGAAAACCUUUGCAACCACAAUCAACUUCAUCUCCAUCUACAACACUGACAUCAGCACAGGGCCCCCCAAAAACCUUUUGUCCUCUUUGCACUACCACGGAACUUCUGCUACACACUCCAGAAAAGGCCAAUUAUAAUACUUGCACUCAGUGUCAAACAACUGUCUGUAGCCUGUGUGGGUUCAGUCCCCCACAAAUAACAGAGGUUAAAGAGUGGCUUUGUUUAAACUGCCAGAUGCAAAGAGCAUUGGGUGGUGAUUUGGCCCCAGUUCCACCAACUCCUCAGCAGAAACAGAAGGUUAGCCCUGUGGUUACAGCAUCUUCCGUGACUAAACCAGCCCCUCCAUCCCAGCAGCCUUCCCUGAAGAAAGAUGUUACCCCUAAACCAGAUCUUUCAAAGCCCCCUGAGAUGAAAAAGCCUCCGCCACUCACAAAACAACCAUCCAUUCCAGGCUCUCCUCCAGCAAAAGCCAAGCAGCCUUCCCCCAGAGAGUCUGUAACCCAGCCAAACCCUCACCCAGAGCCUUCUCUGAAAUCCGAACAAGCCAAGGCACCAAUGGCUGAUGACAAACCCAAACAGCCAAAGAUACAGAAGCCUACAACAGAUGUUGUGGCUUCCUCGUUAGCUUCAGUGAAACCAGAUCUCCCAGGCUCCAAAAUACAAUCCCAGGUUCAGGAGAAAACAGCACAGCCUCCUAAAACAGAUUCUGCCAAACCAACACAAAUUAUCCCACCAGUGGGGGAUAAAGAAAUCCCACCUGAUUCUAAAGGCCCAUCAAGUACUCCAUCUGAUUCCAAACUCACUCCACAACCUGGGAUGAUCUCAGAGAGUAAAAGUCAAAAACAAGUUGAUGCAGUUCAAAAGAAGGAAGACCCUAAGAAAGCACAAACCAAAAUGAGCCCCAAGCCAGAUGCCAAGCAAAUGCCAAAAGGAUCGCCUACCCUCCCAGGCACAAAGCCUAGUCCUGGACAACCCACACCUAUUGCCCAGCAGCCCCCUAAGACUCAAGAGCAGUCAAGACGGUUCAGUCUUAAUCUGGGAGGUAUUACGGAUGCCCCCAAAUCACAGCCUACAACUCCCCAAGAGACAGUGACUGGGAAGCUAUUUGGAUUUGGAGCAUCUAUCUUUAGCCAGGCAUCAAAUUUAAUUUCCACAGCUGGCCAAGCAGGAACUCAAGCACAAGGUAUGCCAGGGGCUCCAACCAAACAACCCCCUCCUCCUUCACAUCCACCGGUGUCUCAGGUACCACCUAAGCCCACCAGUCAAACUCCACAAGCAGUUCCUAAAACCACACCUGUUAAAAAGGACACAAAAGCUCCAAUUAGUGAAAAAACUGAGGUGCCUAAAACUGAACAGGUUGCCCCAAUCAAAGGCACAGAAUCAGAGAAGAAGCCUCUUCCCACAAAGGAUAGCAAACCUCAAAUGGUAGAACCACAAAAAGCUGCUGGUCCUCUUGAAUCAGAAAAGCCCACCAAGCCAAAAUCUACUUGCCCCCUUUGUAAAACUGGCUUAAAUGUGGGCUCUAAGGAUCCUCCCAACUUUAAUACUUGUACAGAAUGCAAGAAUGUGGUGUGCAAUCUCUGUGGAUUUAACCCGACGCCACACUUAAGUGAGGUAGGAAAUCACAUUUAA